UUGUAUUUAAAAGUUUUAACGGAAAAUACUUAUCUAGUGUUCAAAAUAAAAGAAUAAGAAGUGAGUUAUAGUGUAUUGUAAAGUGUAAUCCUAUGGAUUUUCUUGUCUAAAUGUGUUAAGUUCUAUUCAAACCAUGAACGGUAAUUCUGAAUCCACAUCAAAUAGCAUCAAAUUUGCGCCGAUGCCCAUGUCGGCGUUACUCGCUAAUUUGAUGCCUUUACAACAAAAUUCGGAUAGUCCUGACUCUAGUUUCACAACAGACGAGAGUGAUGUAUCCUCGAACGAAGUUUCAAUGAAAACGCCUCCUAGAAAUAAAACAAACAUGUCGUCGACUCCACAGUACAAAAUUACAAAUGAUUUUCAAAGUAAUGCUUCCGAGAAGAAAAAUAUUGUUAAUAAUCAUAACAAAGAGAAUGCUGACGAAUUUAAGCACUUAAACCAUUAUUAUACUAAGGACAGUAUUUUACCUAGUGGUCAGAAACUGACUAAAACAUCUUCAGUUUAUCCAAAUUCUGAAUCAAAAAAACGGAAUGUACUCAUGCAACACGAUAGUAACAUAAAGGUGCCACAGGCACAAGGUAAACUUAAUUCAGCUCAUAAAAAGACUCCAGAUAUAAAAGUGCCAAAUAGUUGUCAGAAAACGAAAACAGCGACACCUAAAAUUAAAUCUGGAAUCAGAAAAUUCACACCUGGUUCUUCAAAACACAGUCACAAGAAAACACCUCAGCAGACGGUAAUUCAGAACAGAGAUAAAGUACGAUGUGAAUUGUUUAGACAUAAUCAGCAGAAGGAUGAACAGUUACCACCACCCAGAGAACCCGCUCCAGCUCCAAUACUUGUGCCAGUACCUGAAACACCAAUUAAUAGAAAACCGAUGCCAGCUUCUUAUGCAGCAACACCAUCUUACCCACAGGGCAUAGUGGGAAACAACUCAAAAAUUUUGUUCAAAACAACUUCUAUUAAAGAUAAAAAAUAUAUGUUCAUUAAGAAACUGGGUACUGGGGGAUCUAGUGAAGUUUAUAAGGUAUUAGAAGUAGGAACAUCCUCUGAGUUUGCAGUGAAGUGUGUGUACCUGGCCACAGACCAGGACCUGGCUCAGGGCUACAUCAAUGAAGUGAGGCUGCUACGAGAACUACAAAAUUCUGAUAGAGUUAUUCGUCUAUAUGACUAUGAAUAUGACCGUCAGAAUCAAUUCCUCCGCAUGGUGCUAGAGGUGGGCGAGACAGACCUGUCGUCGUUUCUGCGCGCGCGCGGCGCUGGUUUGCCUCCCGCGCUUGUGCUACAUUACUGGGAAGAGAUGCUACAUGCUGUUCAUUACAUACAUGAGCAUGGAGUAAUCCAUGCGGAUCUGAAACCAGCAAACUUCCUAUUAGUCUGUGGGCGGCUAAAGCUGAUCGACUUCGGCAUAGCGUCGGCCAUUAGCGGCGACGCUACUAGUGUGGUGCGCGCGCAGGCUGCAGGCACCUACUCCUAUAUAAGCCCCGAGGCUCUAAUGGGUGGCGCUGGCGGUUACGGCGGCAGCGCAAAUAUCAAAAUAUCUUUCCGCUCUGAUGUUUGGUCAUUGGGAUGCAUUUUAUACAGCAUGGUCUAUGGUCGGACGCCAUUUGGUCAUAUCCCCAACUUAGCCAAAUUGGCUGCUAUUCUUGAUCCUAACCACCGGAUUGACUAUCCAGCUGCUGAUCAUCUACCUUUAUCGCUGAUCACAACGUUAAAAUGGUGUCUAACAUACAACGCUCGUUCAAGGCCGUCGGUGAGGGAGCUGCUCGCCGUAAAGCAUUUGCAGCCGCCGCGCGCCCCUCUUCCACAAUCAUUAGUAGAUAAACUGAAGCCUUAUGUGUCUGCUGAUGAGUUUAGACUGUUGCAGCAGGCACAAUUAUAAACUUUAUCAAAGAAUAUUUGUGUGACUU